CAGGGGAGCUCAUUACCUAAUGUGAGAUGCAGCAGCAUUCCAGUGGUUAGGGGCCCAUGGGCCUUUUUUUAUGUAUAAUUAGUUGAAAUAAAUGGCAAAAUCAACACUUUUAAAUAGUAGCAGAUGACAGAACUUUGACUUUUUCAGGGAACUGAAACAUUCUCCUGGACUAACACAGCACAUUUCAGAGGUCAAUGAAGGUCAAAUGAAAACAAGGGUCGACAGCUUCCAAGACCAGCCUUGGGGUCCUCUCUGUCCAUUUGGUAGCAGUUGCCGUGGGUGAUUCUAGCCUUGGAGUCCUAAGCUGGGUGUGGCUUAAACCUGCUCAAAGCAGCAAAACCAGAAAUGAAUACAAUAGAGAUUUUGAGAAAAUGCAAAUAUGCCAGAGGAUUAUCCCGAUCAGUUUGAUGAUGUCAUGGAUUUUAUUCAAGCCACCAUCAGGAGACUGAAAAGGUCACCAGAUAAACAAAUGGCCGUCCUUCCGCGGAGAGACCGGCACCGGCAGGCCACGGCGGCUGGCCCGGAGACGUCCAGGGGGAAAGCUCGGCGGGGCCAGAGGGGCCGAAAUCGGGGGUGUGUCUUGACUGCCGUCCAUUUAAAUGUCACUGAUUUGGGUUUGGGCUAUGAAACCAAGGAGGAACUCAUUUUCAGGUACUGCAGCGGCUCCUGUGAUGCAGCCGAGACAAUGUAUGACAAAAUAUUAAAAAACUUAUCCAAAAAUAGAAGGCUGGUGAGUGACAAAGUCGGGCAGGCGUGUUGCAGACCCAUCGCCUUUGAUGACGACCUGUCCUUUUUAGAUGAUAACCUGGUUUACCAUAUUCUAAGAAAGCAUUCCGCUAAAAGGUGUGGAUGUAUCUGACUCUGGCUCCAGAGACCGCUGUGUAUUGCAUUCCUGCUACAGUGCAAAGAAAGGGACCAAGGUUCCCAGAAAAUGUUUGCCCAGAAGGGAAGAUGAGGACCAAGGAGGUGGAGGAGGAGGAGGAAGGCAGCCGUUGUGGGAGCCUGGUAGAGAGAGAUCCAGCUACAGAAAACCGGACGGGAGAGAGGAAACAGCCGUCCACCUUCUCCCGGACAGCAGCCAACGGCGGCAGCAGCUCAGGGCUGGUGUCCCUGGUUGGGUGUUGCCAUCUUUUCAUCUGAUACAGUCCACCGGCACCGGUCACAGGCGCAGUUGCGGAUGCACAUGAAACCAAACCAGUGUGUCUCCUGUGGUUUGUUUUCACAUGUCAGGAGUCACCAGGGAAACAGUCCUCCUGGUGUCAUUCCUUGUCGUUACGUUUUACUGCUGAAAGCAAGAAAGGUUUAUUUUUCUGUCACUCAAUGGAGACAUACCCCAGAAGGAGGGAAAAGAAGAAGAAAA